AUGUCCGGCGCCGGCGUCCCCCAAAGAUUCUGGGGUUCCCCAAUCCGGUACCUGCGAUGGGCAGCGCACGAGAAGCCCGCGAUAUUCUGGAGUGUUGUGAUCGGACUGAUGGGGCCUGCGUCGUUUGUGUUCAUCCCGCCGCUGAGAAGACUUGCUGGUGACGUGGACCCGCCGAGGAUCCCGUUGACUUAUCCAGUCCCCAAGGGCCCCAGGAAAAUCCCGGAAGGCUUCGACGAUCCCGAAUAA